CUCUAUGACCCCGAACACGGUAUGCGAAUUUAUUUCAUCCCAUGCAAUUUCUUUGUGGGUGAAAUUAAUAACACAAAAGAACUUGAAAAAAUAUAAAAUGUGCAAUCUCGUAAAAAAUAUACGUAUAAAAUAUCAGAAACCCACAAGGAACAUUUCGCCGGCAUUUGUUUUUUUCGUCUGCGCUCACAGCCCUCUCGCAGCUACGUGCCCUGAAAUAAUCGACCCACGAGCAGCGUCCCUCGUUUUCAUGUUCACAACAGUACUUGUUUAGUGUUUGUUUUGAAUGCAAUAGUGAAGUGUGCCGUGGUUCUUCGGCAAGUGAGUGCCUAGUUUUCUAGAUCAAGCAUGGGUCUGGCGCGAGGCGGCGGACCGCACCGUGGAGGCGGUCGAGGCAGCGGCCGUGGUGUGCACAAGAAAGCUCGUGGCGGAAUCCCCAUGAUGAGGCCCUCUGGCCCCGUGCCCCUGAUGGGGCCGCCAGGACACAGGCCGCCCAUGGGAGGCCCAAGGAUGAGGCCGCCUCCCCCGGGACUUAUGCAUCAGCCCCCCGGGGUGCGGCCGCCACCCCCAGGCAUGAGGCCCCCAAGGCCACCACUCCACGGGCCCCACGGCAUGGUUAGGCCGCCACCCCCAGGCUUCCGUCCUCCUCCUGGCCCCCAUGGACCUCAUGGCCACAUGGGUCACCACGGCCACAGAAUGGGACCUCCUGGCAUGCCCCACCGACCCCCUCACCCUGGCAUGAUGAGAGGCAGAGGGGGCAUGAUGAGGCCACCCAUGAUGCCACCUCGGUUUGGACCCCCAGGACAUCCUGGUCCACCAGGUCCACUAGGAAUCCCACCCCUGGGCCCACCCAUGGGUCCUCCGUUUAUGAUGAGACUUGCUCGAGGAGGACGAAGGGGAGGCAUGGCUGGUAAAGGUGGUAAAAACAGAAAAAUGAAAGGCAAAAGUGGAACUAAUCGCCCUCAGGCUGAGCUGGAAGCUGCUGAGUUGGUCAAACCAUGGGUAACCGAUGCCAUCAGACCAGAGAUCGUCAAGAAGCAUAAAUUGCAUGCUGACGCUCGAGCAAGCAAGGAUGUCAAGGACUGGGAGGCAUUUAAAGAGCAAAAGAAAAAAGUAGCAGUCAUGGUGAAUGAAGCUAAAUUGGAAUACAUUGGGAGCCAUCCAGAGGAGGUCAUUGAUGAAGCUGAUCAUGAUGAUAUUCAUGAGGAAGAGGAGGAGGAGGAGGAGGAGGAGGAAGAUGACGACUGUGAGGAUGGGAAUAACUGGCAACAUGGGGCAGAGGAAAGUUAUAAUCCAGCCCAUGUAGAUGGAGUGGAUGAACAAAAUGCAAGUGAAAUUUCUUAUGAUGCUCAGUGGAACUGGUGUCAAGACCCCUAUGUCAGUUACUACACCUCUACAGCAACAACUGAGGUAACCCAAGAGACUGAUGCAAGUUCUUCAACUAUGUCAGCCAAUACAUCUGCUGAUCAAAAUCAAGAAACAAACAACCAGUAUGAUUAUUAUGGAUAUUAUAAUUAUGCUUCGCAAUACCAUGGUUCUAAUGCUUCAACUGAUGGAUCGCAUCAAUAUCAGGCUCAAGAAACAAACGGCCAGAGUGAUUAUUAUGGAUAUUAUAGUCCUUCUACACAAAAUCACGGUUCUAUUGGGCUAACAGAAUCUCAACAGUAUCAGCCUCAGGAGACAGGCAGCCAGUAUAGUAAUAAUGGGUACUAUAAUUCAGCCACACAAAGUUAUGGUUCUCCGGGAAAGGAUCUGGGAUACAGCCAGGGAUAUAACCAAUGGUACAACCAGGAGUAUGAGCAAGUAUAUGCAUCAUACCAGCAGUAUUCUGUGCCCUACCAGCAGCAUCAAAAUGAGUAUUCCAUCGCUGUCCAUCCAUCUCCUAAUUCUUAUACCCAUUCACCCUCCAAACCAUAUAAUCAGAAAAAUAGGCACAGUGGAAAUUUCAACAAGAGGAUUGAUGUACCUUUUUCCUUGUUUUACUGUGAGUCCUGUGAUAGAUCAUUUCCAAAUGAUGCUAAGCUUCAAGAGCAUUUGUCUGAACAUAGAACAUGUGGUAUUGAUGGCUGCAAAUUUACUGCUCAUACAAAAGUUGUAGAUAAUCAUGUUCGGAUGCAACAUGAUACAGGCUUGUAUCGUAGGAUGAUCAGUAAUGAUGAUACAGAGAAAUGGAGAGCAGAACGAAAGAAAAAGUAUCCCUCUCAGGCAAAUAUUGAAGUCAGACAAUUGCAACAGCAGGAAAUGAUCAAGCGUGGAGAACGUUUAGGCUUUGAUCAAAACCGUUCUGGGAAUUCUCGAGGACGCGGUGGUCCUGCUGGGAGUAGUGGACGAGGAAGAGGUAGACCCAAUCCUACUUCUAAUGUACCAAAUCCGAAUUUGAGUGAAGUGAAGGUAGAAAAAUUGUCAGCUUCUGAGUGGAGACCACAAUUUCCUAUUCCAGUUGUUCAGGACAUUGAGAUUGUAAACCGAGGAAAACUAGUCAAGUUUCCAGGAACUGGAAAUUUUAAAUCUGAUCAGGAUAAGAUUGAGGAAGCAAUGGCGGCUUCUGGGGCGCUCAAUACCCUCUGUGGAUAUGGAGCUGGAUCCUCGGAGGAUGAAGCUAAUGACCAUAACAAUUUAGUUCCUGAUAAAAAUUCUGCUGAAGUUAAUGGAACUCCUUGUGUGGAUACAUCUCAAAUCAAAGAAAGUUUUGAUGUUCAAGUAAAUGAAACCUCUAUUAGUUCCCAACAUGAUUCAAUGCAUCAGAGUGAAAAUGGGUCAGAGAGUGAUGGCAGUGCUCCAGAAGAAAUGCCAAUUUCCAAACCGACCUGUUCCAAUGACAUUGGAAGUCUUGAGCAACCAGAUAAACCUGAAGUCACAAGGAAAAGAAAAAGGCAUCAUGCCAAACAUGGUGAGCCAAAGAAGGCUAAAAAUGACACAUCAGUUCAACCCCUUAUGUCGGAGACAGAUAAAAAGUUAUGUGAUGAAAAUAGUCUCCCACAGUCUGGAAACAAGUCAAGGCCACCUUUUGGACGGAGAGGAAAAGGGAAGGAUUCUUUCCAAAAUAGCAGGCAUAAUUUUAAGAGGCCUCCAACUCUUUUGGAGAAGCUUCUUGCACCAGACAUCCAACAAGAAAGAAAUAUUAUUCUUCAAUGUAUUCGUUAUGUUGUAGAGCAAAAUUUUUUUAAAGGUGCUGAGAAUUCUUUCGGGAUAAAAGCACCAGUUGCUAAUUAAAAAUAUGUUACCAUUAGAUUUUCACUUUACAUUUAACUCAUAAGUUCAUUCUGUGAUCAUUUUCAAGAAAUGUUAUUUUUCUGUUUGAGUUCAUAUUCAUGCCCUGAUUUGUGGGCUAAGAUAUAUAUUUUUUUUUCUUUUGUAGCAAAAUUUUUGCUGUAUGUUUCUAAUGUACGAAGUCAAGUUUAUAUUUUUAUAUAGAGCCGAGCUCUUUCUCUGAUUGUUGAUAAUUUCUGUUUGACAAUAUUACUAAAUGCAAAAUUAGA